AUGGCAACCGAUCCUUCUGUGCCUAAGAAUGCCAAAGCAUUUGAUAAGAUUACCGAUUUUAAUAAGUUACCUGCUGCUAACAAGAGGGGAUUUAUACAAUUGAACCAUGGAUACCCAAAUUCUCUCCAAUAUGUUGUUAAUGCUUCAUUUAUGGCUUCUCUUUUUGCUGAUUAUAUGAAAGCCCAAGGUGUUCCUGGAUGGUAUUGUAAUCAUAAUUACUUUUCAAUAUCUGUUCUAAAGGCAUUUGCAACUUCUCAGAUGGAUUACAUCAUGUGUAAAAAUCCAAUGAACAUGAGCUACAUAGUUGGGUAUGGCAACAAGUUUCCAAGACAUGUUCAUCAUAGAGGUGCAUCAAUUCCAAAUGAUGACAAACAUUACUCAUGCAUUGAGGGUUGGAAGUGGCGUGACACCCCUAACCGAAAUCCUAACAACAUUGUAGGAGCAAUGGUUGGAGGGCCAAAUGGUUUUGACCAAUUCUAUGAUUUAAGGAACAAUAACAGUUAUACUGAGCCAACCUUAGCUGGGAAUGCAGGACUAGUUGCUGCCUUAAUUUCCUUAACAAGCACAAGCACUAUAGGUAGUGGUUUUGACACUGAUCAUACCAUUUUCAAUCAAACUCGACAAUACAGACCACAAAAUCUACCUCCACCAUAG